CAUACCUUCGUGAUAUGGCAGUCGGUGGGAGAAAGAGGAGAAAGACUUGACAUCUACACAUUCUCUAAUGACGAGUAAUAUGCUCACUCUUAUGGGCGUGGAAAAUGGUGAUGAUGCCGGCACGACAUCAACAUCGACAGCUUCCUGAUCGCGAGGGUGAUCCAAAAGUCUGGACUCUCCCUCAUCUUGGGAUGAAAUCCCAGACAACCCCGCAUUGUGCCGGGCGUCAUGGCAUUUCGAGAAUACCAUGUUCCUCGUCUGGAAUGCCAUGGGUAUGCCGACGCCCUUCGGCACGCGACACAACUCGGAUGUACCGCACAAGUACUCGCCGCGUCUUCCGCUAGGAGCAGCGUUUGUCGCCGGCCGAGACCGUUCGAGAAACGCCGUGUGGGCGGGUGGAGGGAGGUUUCCCCAAUUUGCAAGCGUCACCAUUGCUGUCUUGUCGUCCUGCUCAUCCAGUCGCACACUUCGGGACACCAUUAGCUGGGCACUUUUCGGUCCCUCGCCGCCCAUCAUUACCGCCCCAGGCAUGUGGCAGCGUUUCGGGAGGUCCUGGCGAAGGAUUGUGUCACCAACCCGGCCCGGCCAGGGAGGGGGUUGUUCCUGCUGUGCUUGUUGUUUCUGUUUGUCUUUUUCUCAGGACGGCAAUCAGAGGAGGGGAAACGGGUGUGGGUUGGGUUGUUCGUGCAUCGGGGCUGUGAGCUGGUGGCCGCGAUUGGAUCAACGCUCGGCUUGGUUCCCGUCUCACUUUUCGGGGUCUGCAGGCCGCGAGCUGCAGAUGGGCAAGUGGGGAAUUCGACCCUCGGCAAAGAUGGUAUUUUGUUUCGUCGUCCCGGUUCGAUCUCGACACGGGCAGAGAGAAUUGAGUAUCGGCGUCCCGUUGUGGUUUUGAUUAAAUGCCCUCCUUCACAUCACGCUCGCUCUGGUACGGUACCACUCGAGCGAGUAGGAACACUCGCAUGGACUAACUCCAUUAUGUACCUAAAUGUUUCGGGGCUGAGCAGAGAGAUGGGGUGAAACUUUUUUUUUGCUUGUUCCCAUUCCACUACACAGUACUGGUGCGUUCGUGUUGUUGGUGCAUGCGAUCGAUCGAUGUCGGUUUCAUUUUGCUCAGCUGUGCAGAAAAAGAGAUGGCACGGAUGGGUAAGAAGCUCCGGGUGCGAAGAGGGGCCGUGUUCCUCACAUAACGGUAGCGACUCCACCGAGCCUACCGAUCGAUCGAUCGAAAUGGCCGGGAAGGGGAAGUCUU